GGCCACAGCUUCUUCAUCAUCACCCAUAUCUUCAGAAAUGUCCCUAACAAAAAUGUUGUGGUAAUGUUAAAACACUUCAUGCAUCACUCAAUAUAAUAGGAUUGAUAUGACUGAUUGAUUAAGUCCAAGCAGGUAAAUUCCAUUCAUGAGGUGAAACCUUUAAGACUGUAGAUUCAAAACACACAAAGUGAAAUAUUUUCCUGGCUAGAGUUCCAACUUGAACAGUUUUCUUUAUUUAUUUACUUUGGACAUGGAAAGGUACAGUGGACAUGGAAAGAUACAUUUUACCUUUAUACAAACAUACUUAACAUACAUUAAGGGGAAUUAUGCCACAUGCGUUUACAUGGUAUAGGAAAUGAUCUGUAGCUGGUAGCUUUGUUAGCUGGCUAAUUUAGCUAGCUAGCUUCUAGUACGUUUUGUUACAAGACUUACUUUCGUUUACGUCUUCUCUUUGUUCUUUCUGGAACGGGUGCUUCGUCGUCAACGAGGUACCUUUUGUAACGUACUGGAUCCAUAUCUAUUGCUUUUCUUUAAUUGCGUCUAAAUUGCAUUUCUCCACUCUGCUGCCACCGAUCAGCCGCUACAGCGUCGCGUAGUUGAUGACGUCAUCCGCAUGCGGCCCAGCACACUAUCUUUCGCGCCGAAAGAUAACGGCUGGGCGUAAAAAUGGCGAUAUCAGCGUUGGAGAUCCGCUAUGUCCUACUUGAAUGGACUGAGGGUGAGGAUAGAGGGGCCCAUAGUAUUUUGGCUCUCGACUGUGUCCGGAAUUUUUCAGUAAAAACAUUUCUUGAAAGGACUGAAAAAAACGAGAAGCUGGUGGAAUGGCGAAAAGGCCGCCAACCCUGGCCGGUGCACCGAGCAAGAAUUAUUGACGUGAAUUUGAAAAAACUCUCCAAAUUAAACUGCGUGGGAUCGAGAUGGAGAAAGAAGUCACACAGCAAACAAAACAUCCCAAACUCAAAGUACCGUGAUCAGGGGCAGACUGAGAAGGCUUCAAAGAAAAGGGUUGACAAUAAAAAGAGAUGUCCUUCUAAAUACAACCACGAGGAGGAGGAGGAGAAGGAGGAGGAGGAGGAUGAGGCGCGUCAUGACAGGCCUUCAAAGAACAAGCGGGCCAGCGAAGAGGAGGAGCGUAUUGGGGAUGAAGAGGACAUAGUACCACCCUCUAAGAAAAAGACAGCUGCUGAAUUUAGAAAACACCUGGAUGAACAGAUGUGGGAGAGAAGGAAACUUGACCAAAUGCAAAGAAAUUUGCAGGAGUUGAGAAAUGAAGUCCAUUCUCUUAAAAAUGAAAAUGCACGUCUGAAAGACAUUAUCAUCAAUCAAAUCCCUCAAAUGAAAAGUGACAUCGCCAUUAUUGCUCAAAAGAAGACUGGAAGGACUCCUGUGGAGGAUCUAGAUUCCUCCUUCUCGACUUUUGGAGAAAUGCAACCGACUCCAGAGAGGAGACAGAGCCCAGAGGACACCGAGCCCUUUAAAGAGAGUCCCAUGGUGACUGAGCGCUUUCGAGAGACACCACAGACUGCAGCAACAGCUGAGACCUCAGCGAAAACACAGAUGGAAGUUAUAAAGGGCUCUGGGGUGUUUUGCCAGGCAGAAGCGUGGAAAGCAGCCCGCCUUGCCCCCUCUGCUACUGCCAUGGUGCGGAAUCUCCUGCUGGGCACCUUUGAUUUGGAGACUUUGCUGAAAAGCAACCUGAAUGGUGGGAAGCCAACCAGAGGGGAUGGGGACCAGCUGGUCGCACUUGACCAAAUUAAAAAGGCAGCCAUUAUUGCCACAUUGCUGGGGUAUUGCGCUGUAAGAUGCUACAUUGAAGAAGUGGCCGGCAGCCAGCCGAGGGCAGAUAGGCACAUCUAUCAAUUCAAAGCUCACGGAGCUGAGAAGAUCAACAAGAUAAAUAGUUUUUUUUUUCUAUUCAGUUUUUUGUCUUGUUUUUGUUCUUGUUCUAUUUGAUUGUUCUUAA